GCAUCGUGGGUUCCUCCGACAACGGGAUGAGUUCCGAAGCUCCGGUAGGAACUUCAUCGGUUGCCAUGGUUGUGCCGUCCUCACCGCUACCCUUCGGGUCAAGUGUGGGAGCCGCCACCAUGACAUCCUUCUCGGGACCACGAGGGGUUACCCCAUUGGUAAUACGAACCCGUUCCUUGGACCGACUAUGGAUUCGGCCACAACGGUCAACUCUGGACCGAAUGCGAGAUUCAACGCAUCGGUCAAUCCUUUCGUCGGACCUCAUUGGGCAUCCAAUGGACCUUUCCUCCAUAUGCCCAAUGCAGUUGGGCCGAUAUCAGUGCCCGCUAGUACGGUCCAAAGGCCACCAAAGUUCAAUGGCACAAACUUCAAAAUGUGGAAACAAAAGAUGACGUUCUUUUUUACCGUCCUGGUAUUUGCUGAGUACCUACAACAAGAUCCUCCGCAAUCCAACGACGGCAACGACCCCCUCGUGGCGAUGGUGAACCAAGCAUGGUACUAUAACAAUUAUCUCACCAUCAACUACAUUCUCGAGGGGUUGGCUGAGACGUUGUACCCCAUCUAUGCCAGUGCAAACCUUGCUAAGGAACUUUGGGAUAGCUUGAACAAGAAGUAUCAAGAUGAAGAUAUCGGAACCAAAAAGUUCAUCAUCGGGAAGAUGCUGGACUACAAGAGUGUUGACAAAAAAAUAUGUUGCCGCCGAGGCUGAGGAGCUUACG